CUGUCUUCGAUAUUUACUAUAGAAAUGAAGAGAGGACAUUUUCGAUCCGUAGGUUAGCAACCAAUAUAAAGAUUUUGUCGAGAAGUUACUUUAGGAAGCAUUAUGACGGAGGGAAAAAGAGCUUCAGCUCUCACUAGAAUAUCGACUGCUCUGUUUUAUGGCGUUUGCUCUUUUUUGAUCGUGGUAAUCAACAAAACUGUUUUGACAACUUACAAGUUUCCAUCGUUCCAGUUUCUCGGAAUUGGACAGAUGUUUGCCACAGUUGUAGUCCUUUAUUGCCUGAAGUUUGGUGGUGUUGUUUCAUUUCCAGAUUAUUCGUUGUCAACUUUUCAAAAAGUUUGGCCACUUCCAUUAUUUUAUGUUGGCAAUCUUGUUUUUGGAUUAGGAAGCACUAAGAGACUCAACCUUCCCAUGUUUACUGUCCUGCGAAGGUUUUCCAUUUUGUUUACUAUGAUAGGAGAGGUGUGGCUGUUAGGGUCAAAGGCAACCUUUCAAGUGCAGGCUACAGUGUUCCUUAUGAUUUUCGGUGCCCUUAUGGCAGCAAGUGGUGAUCUUGCAUUUGAUGCCACUGGUUAUAUAUAUAUACUUAUCAAUGACGUUCUCACUGCUGCAAAUGGUGUUUUUGUCAAGAAAAAGUUAGAGUCAAAGGAACUAGGAAAAUAUGGUUUAUUGUUUUACAAUGCCAUGUUUAUGCUGUUUCCAGCUUUUCUUAUUUCCUACUUUACUGGAGAAUUUGAUAAGGUUUUACAAUUUGAUAACUGGAAAGAUCCAAUAUUUCUUUUACACUUCAUUUCCUCUUGUAUUAUGGGGUUUAUCUUGAUGUAUUCUAUAGUACUGUGUACUCAAGCAAAUUCUGCCCUCACUACCACAAUUGUUGGGUGUCUGAAGAAUAUUUUAGUGACUUACUUGGGUAUGUUCCUUGGAGGAGAUUAUGUCUUUUCAGUGCGAAACUUUAUGGGGCUCAAUGUAAGUGUUUUUGGAAGUGUGAUCUAUUCAUACAUCACAUUCAGAGAAAAAGAUCCUCCCUCGACUCAAGGUGCAACAGCCAGCAGUGAUGCAAAAAAGCAGACUGCCACUGCUUAAUGGCUAGAAACAGUGCUGCAACUUUUCUCUCAAUUUGACACACAUCUUACACGUCUUAUACAAGGCUUCAGUGUAAUAAAGUAUAGGACAUAUAGUUUGGUACGCGUGAAGUUCAGCUUCUGCAUCAAAGCCAUUGCAAAGCUGUUCUGGUGUUGAAAUUCGUGGCGUCGCUAAUUGGGAACAAUAGUGACUGGUCACAAAAUUAUGUGUUAUGGAUACGCGUAAGAGAUAGUACACUAGCGCCGAUUCGAUGAUAUAUUUAUUUUGAAACAAAUUGAUGAUAAUUAUUACAAUUUGCUUCAUAUGUAAUCAUAAUUUAUAGUUCCCUUUUUGUUGGCCUGAAUUUUGAGACCUAGAAUCACAGGCAGAUCGCACUAUGGGUUUGAGGUCAAUAAUUGUAAAAAGACGAUUCAAACGUCUGAUAAAGGCUAAAAAAUAUCACAAAUGUGUCGAUCAACAUUUCAUUUAACUUUAUUGAGAUAUUCAGGCGGAGAUGCAAUUUAGCUAUGCAAUUUUCAGAGCUUUAUUUGUAACCCUCAUAGAUUUUGUUCAUCUCAUGUCAACAAUUAUUAACCACAAACACAUAGUGUGGUCUGCCUAUGCUAGAACUUGAUUAAAUUACGAGGGACUUUGCUCCAACAUAUUAUUUUUGGGUGAAAAUGGUUCAUGAAGUGAUUUUAGAUGUCACUUCCAACAUCUUAAAUAAUUUCAACCUGUAAAUAGUUUCCGUAUUUAAAUAGCCACCUAAGAGUGAAAGAAAAAAAUUCCAUGCACAACCACAUCAUUAAUUUUAAAGCAAAUAUUGUCAUGUAUGAAGAUAAAAAAUCACCGGUUAAUGAGCAACUAUUCCGUCGUUGUUGAAUAUGAGAUGAUAGGCCAAGGCCCGCAGGGAUAAUUUGGCUGUUUUCAUCUCAUAUCCCACAAGCGGUGGUAAUUAAAAUGCCCCAAAAUAUAGAUAAAUCUUCCCAAAUUCAUUUUGUAAGAACAAACGGAAUGUUAUUAUGUACAAAAACACUUUGGGUUUAACUCGUCUUCAUAUGCGCACAUGGUAUAAUGGCUCAUAACCCAUGAUGGUGAAGCCAAUGAAACCUCUUGAAUUUCAUAAUUAAUUGAUCCAAUUUUUAAUGACUUAUCAUAUUUUAUUGUCUUUUACAUCUGCAUCACGGAAUUGCUUUAAUCUCUGACGAUAGAGUAUACUUUUAUAUGUCAGAUUGAAAAUUACGCAGGAACUAAAUAAAUCUUAUCGUCCAACUACAUUAAGCAGAGCACAAGUAAAUCGCGGGUCGAGAGCAAAAUCACCCGAUAUUGGACAGUUGGUUAUUUUGGACUGUAAAAACACCUGUUCUACCAGUCGGCUGCGCGAGUUACGCUUCUUUAUCUGCUUCGCUUUUAUACGCCUUAUAAGAAAUGCGCACAAAAUAAAGCAUUUGGAUGAUAAAUUACGUAUUAGAUAGGCCGGCUCCUCAAAAUACGACACACUCGUUCAAAACACUCAGCGUUGCUACACACCAAAGGUUCUUAUAAGAUAUGUACAGUUGUCUUGGACACAUUUGCAGAACGCAAUUUACUUCGAUGUGAGAAAAUUAUUACUUGUCAGUGGAUAACUUACGAGUAGAUAUGAAAUUAUUACUUGUCAAUAGAUAACUAAUGACACUGUGUUAUGUUCUAAGAAUUAUUUUAGGCUCAUGGUGUCUAACCCCAACAGUUUACUUAAAGAAACUUAGUUUUAUAUUUCACGAGAUAAAAUGAUAUUUACCAUAUUUUAAAUCAAGAUUUAACAUAUUACCCCAUCAUUAUUUAUGAAAGUGAGACAUGUAAUUCUUUUCCUGCAAUUGUGGUUUGGGUUUGCCAGCCUAAGAAGCAAAUUGAGAUUAUUUGUGAUUUUUAGUCCCAUCAAGAAGGGAAGAACAAUCAUUAAAUCUCCAUGAGCCAGAUUACAUGAUGAAUCCGAGGACUGGGUACAGAAUGCCUCAGAGGAAUCAUGGGUAGAUUGGUUUUUGGGGGAACAAGGGAAUACUCAAGUCUAAACUAAGUAAAAAAAAAUUCCCCACUGAAGAAAUCUGGAAGCAAAUUUUAUUUUUUGGUUAACCUGAUAUUAUAAUUAGUUUGACAAGUAUAUUUUUUGGGACAUAUAUAGUUAACAUAAUUUUAUGGGUAUUCCUUGAAAUACAGAGAAAAAAAUUAAGUAUUGGGAAAAUCUGGUCUGUUCAAACUACUGAUAGUAGGGUAUUAUUGCCAAAAUCAUUAAA